ACCGCGAGGUGCUAUUUUCUCUAGUCUGAAAACAGCGUGUUAGUGAUCAGACCACGGCCCAAGUAUUCUAAGCACCCUCUCAGCUCCACCAAUACUGCAAAUCGUGUGAUCCGGCUGUGGUUGUUAGGGAGAGGAUGGUUGAAGUCUUUGGAUCGCGAUGGUCGGGGACGGAAUGGACCGCGGAUGGUUCUCCAGGAUUUGACCGCGCAUCGGAGCAGGUCCAGGUGUGUGAAUUGGCGAAACGGGGUCCAGAGGUUCAGACAACAGUGUGCGAUAUCACCAUCCCUCACCUCUGUCAAUCCGAUGGCGAUGCUGAAAUCGGAGCCCAGGUGACGUUGAAUGCGACCGUCUGGAAGUUUCUUGCCCAGGGUGGCACCUCUGCGCGACCCAGGUCGUGGUCCCCAAUUCGAGCCAUCGCAGACCAUCGACCUCAGGCGUUUUCCGACAAGAAUCCUUGGUGCGAGCGACCGACUGCAAGUGGAGAGGCCAGCUGGGGGCGGGCGCGUUCGGGAGGCAGAAGAUCGGGGCAGGCAAAUGGGAAGAAGCUCUGGGUUACUUACCAUGCACUGGGCCAGAUAAGCGAAAAGAAGCGAGCCGAAUGACUAUAGCACCAAAACACGCAAUUCGGCACCAGACAGUCUCCGCAUCGGGGGUGGGGGUGGACAAGGGGAUUGCGAUAAAUUUGUUGUUGCGCCAGCAAAAGAGAAAGAAAGAGAAGAGAGCUUCGGGCCCGCUGAAGACACUCUCGAGUCUCCCCGGACUUUGCCAGCGCUG